GAAACUCCUCACUUGAAGAACACCAGAAAUUACAAGCUCGACAGAGAUUUUUCCGAUUCUCCGAUUUCUAGGGCUCGAUUCUCGUCGGAAAUCGAGGUUCCUUCCUCGGCGUCGCCCCCAAAUCCGAGAUCAUCUCUCCCUUUCUCUCUCUCGCUCUUCGCCGGCGACGGGCGGCGGCGGCGGCGGCGGCGGAUUCGCGGCGGUUCCGGUCGAUUCCGGAGGUGGUGGCGGGCGGCGGCGCCGGAGGGAAGCGAACGGCAAGUUGAUGAAUUUCGAUGGAGCGUUCGGUUUCUUUGGUUCCUUUCGAUUCCGUCCCCGAGUUCGAUGAGCGCAGCGAGGAGCGAGGGGAGGGCUUGCUUCUUCUUCUUCUUCUUCCUUUUUUUUUCUUUUGGGAGUGAUGCGGCGGAAGUGUUUGUUGGAUGUGGAGUUAGAUGAUGCUGGCGACUGCGAUGAGUUUCGAGUCGUUGCGAAAUCUCGAUGAGUUCGAGUGCGGAUUGAUGAGUUCGCGGUUGGUUCGCGUUCGCAGUUUAGGAUGAGAAAUGCAUGUUUUCGCGAGUCGUUUGCGGAUUGGAGUGGAGGAAUGAAGCUGAGUUUGAUUCGGGAGGUGGGAUUAGAUUUUGGGUGCCAUUUCUUUGCUCUGGAAUGCUGUGCGGGCGAAAUGCGCGCGAGACUCGUGCUUCUUGCAGUGUUUUACGACGCGAGUUGGCCUUUUUCUUUCUAAAAUUCGCGUCUUUCCUCUCGGCCCUUGAUUUUAACUUGAGGGUUUGAUCUUUCUACUUCGCAGGAUGUUGCGGAUUCUCUGGACAUGAGAUAUCGGUGGUCGCGGCUUAUGCUCUCGGCGAGAAAAGUCGGUAGCUGAUUAUACAAAUUGGAAGCUCGAGUGUUGUCAGUAUGUAUGGUCAAGGUCCUAACGGGCAACAACAUCAUCCGCCAGCUGCCUUGCCUCCUUUUACUUCUUCCCAACCUCCGGCAGCUUCGAAUUCUGCAAUGCAUCGGCCUCCUGCUGCUGUCCCGUCUCAGAUCAAUCAGCUUCAUGUACCUCGAGGACCACCUUAUAAUCCACCUUUUCAGGGUCCUUCUAGUGGGAUGACAAAUGCUACGAACCCGUCUCACGCAUCCCUUCCCCACCCUCCGCCAGUACCUGGAAGAAUGCCGAUAAGUGGCAACUAUCUCAAUUCUCAGCAUAAUCCACAUCAUCCUUUGAAUGUAGGGACCCAGAAUUCCCACCACUUUCCAAGUCCCUCACCUCAUCAUCCUCCUCCCCCUGCUGGUCCAUCUAAGCAAGAAUCGUUGCCUCCUCUUGUUCAAGGGCACAAAACAUACUGGUACCCAGUCAAUUCACAGCCUCGGCAGCCUGGUCCUCCAAUCCCGAAUCCAAAUUCAGGCCUCGUUGCUUUGGCUCCUGCAGAAAUUCACACACCACCAUUGGCACCUCCACCCCCACCGCCUCCCCGUCCCCAACCUCAACCUCCACUUCCACCUGCUUCUUCAUCACCUGUUCCGCCUUCUCCGCCACAGAGAAAUGAUAAAGUUGGAACCUCUGAAGUAAGGGCUGCGGAGUCAUUAGGUAAAGGGUACGGCUUGGAUAGAAGCACGGCUUUGGAGAUAGACAUCCGUCCAGCUCCACCUAAACCAGCUGAUGAGAAAAUUGUGAAAAGGAUCGAAACUUUAUGCCAAUUUAUCGCCAAGAAUGGCUCUGGUUUUGAAGAUAUGGCUCGAACCAGGGAGUCUGCAAAUCCUGAGUUCAAAUUUCUUUUUGGUGGAGAGCCUGGAAGUGAUGCUGCAGUUGCACAUGAGUAUUAUCAAUGGGCAAAGAAAAAAUACACUUUUGGAGAUAAGUUGCACGAAGGCUCCUUAAAUGUAAGGCCUUCAGAGGCUGAUAGUUCUGUGCAAUCCAAACCAUUCACUAUGACUUCUGUAGCGCAUCCAGAUUCUGAUUCUGACAUGGAGAUGGAAGAUGAUAUUACCCAGGUUGACAUGGAUCAGGAGAUGAAAAGACCGGUUGAAUAUUAUCGUCAGGACUCUGAUUUGGUUCAUGAUGCUCAUGAUGGAAAAGAGCUGGCAAUGCCACAAAUUGUUCAGUGUGCAUCAGCUCAGGAUAUUUCAAGCAAUAAAGUUCCUUCUUGUGAGGCUUCAGGUCGGAGCGAUUAUGGACAUCAAGGAUCUGGUAUUCCUCCUAAUCACGAGUGGUUGCUACCUGGCAGUCCAUCAGAUAGGAUCUGCUCAGACUCUAAUAUGCCUCAACCUGCAGGAGAUGGCAUUGCCAAAAAAUCAACCACUGUCCCAGCUGAUGUUUCAAGCCCUCCAAUUUCUUCACCAGCUGUCAAAAGUGGUAGGCCAAGAUUAGUGCAAGACUAUACUUCUGAUGACAGUUCAGAGAACUCUGAUGUGCCACAUUCCAAAGAAGAGCAUACAAUGGUUAAACUGCCAGUUGCACCUGGUUAUAUGAAUAAGUCUGAUUAUACUGAAUGUAGAUCUGAGUCGGAUUUACGAGCUGCAAACACUGGCAAGAUGGAACAGGUCGUUGGACCACUAUCAGAUGCUGGGAAAUCAUUUGUGGCUCCAACUCGUGCUUCCAAUGAGGAAACUAGGAUCAUGGAAACUGUUGCAACCUCAUCUGAAAUUGGGCUGAGUGAUAAACUUUCUGAUACGAACUCUGAUGACCUAGGAACAAUUCACAAUGCUGCAUCUUCAGAAGCUUUCGCUAGAAAUAACAACUUGAGAAGUCUAAGCACUGGGUCACAUGAGAAUGGUAAGUCUGAGAAGGAAACCGGAGGAGAGAAAGUAAGGUCCAAUUCAACUGCAGUACAAGUGGAUGAAUUUGGGAGGCUGGUGAGAAAAGGAGCUAGUGACAGUGAUUCCGAUGAUUCAUCCUAUGCCGGGAGGCGUCAUAAGAAAAGAGAGAGAAGUCGGAGCAGGAGCCAGUCUCCUGUUGGUAGAAGGAGUAGAAGGAGGAGGAGUUUGCAGAGGACCAGAGACAGACGAAACCGUUCUCGCAGCUGGUCUCCCAGGGGGCGAAGAAGCAGGAGCAGGUCUCCUGUUAUGAGGCAUGUGAAAGAAUAUGGGAAUGAUGUUAUGAGACGGAAUAAAAGUCGGAUGCCUGAGUGUUUUGACUUCCUUCGAGGCAGGUGCUACCGUGGUGCUUCUUGCCGCUAUUGGCACCAGGAAGCAGAGAUGGAUCGAUCAAAACGCCAAAGGAGGAGAGGACAGACUCCUGAAAUGCCUUUACGCUCAUAUAGAACUGAUUCAGUUGAAGAAAUGGAGAAUCUGUCUGCCAAAGUUCCAUAUAGUGGGGAUAGUGAAGUCAAGAACAAACCUUGGCGAAUUCACAAGAAUGUGCCUGAUGGGAUCUCUGAUGCUGUUAAACAUGAGAAAAGAGACGAUUCUCUGGGACAUGCCUCGCGAGCUUAUGUUUUUGGUAGGGAUGGUCUAGCUGGUGAAGAUGAACCCAAGAACGAGAAGAAGGUUGACAUGCACCUGCCAUAUAAACAAUUAGUUUCUGAAGAUGAUACCUCCGCUAGAAUUCCUUGUACUAAGGAAUUUGAGGAAGGAGUUGGGACUCACCAGCCAGUCUCAGUUGAUAGGUUUAUAGAGCAACCAUUGGGCGGUGUUGAUUCGCUGAAGUCUUGCACAGAUGAUGCUUUCAAAUCCGCUAGAAGGAAUCUAUCCGCAGUGUCUUCUCAGUCCAGCCCUUCCAGGGGCGGGCCUCAAAAUGCUAAUUACCUGCCUCAGCUCGAUAAUUCUUCUCAGUCAUUGCCUGACAAAAAAACCAUGAUAAUCUCUGCUAGCGAAUCUCUUCCAGAUAUUCCACACCAUUCUCUUCAACUACCUCAACAUAUUUCCCCAUUCAUGCAAGGUGCAGUCACUGGAAAUUUGCAGCAGAUGUCUGGGGAUCAUGUAUUGCGACAGUCUCCUUAUGCAUCUCAAGGUCUUCCUUCAUCCAUGUUGUCAGGCAAUCAACAGAAUCUCGUUUCUGCACCACAAAAUUCCAACUGGAGCUCCAUGCCGCCGUCUCAGCCAUUUCCACAUGUACAAUAUGAUUCUGCAGUGAAGGGAGGAGCUGUCGCCCCUGCUCUCUAUACAGAAUUUCAGCAGAGUCACGUGUCACAUACUAACUUCAGUUCUCAGAUAUUGAAACCUUACCCAACUGGAGUGCCUGCUCAUUCACAUGUGGGUGAGUUGCCACCUGGAGCCUACUCUACAGAGCCGGUUCCUGGUCAAUCUCUUAAGCCAAGAGAAGAUUACAGAUCAAGUACCUACGCUGCUGGCAAUAUACCCAGUCCACAGGUUGCAGGUCUUGCUUCUGCAGGGCCAGCUCAUCCUAAUGAACCGCAAUGUUAUCCAAGUGGCAGUGUGCCGCCACCUGAAGUCCUGAAGUUCUCUUCGCAAGUUCAUCCUUAUAUGCAGCAGCAAAACCCAACCCCUGCUUUGCAAGACAGCGGAUCUGCCUUUGCAUCUUCAGGAGGGCCAAGCUCAUCUACAUUUUUGCCUGAUGGUUUGGGCGGGAAGCAGACUAAUGUUAUAGAUUUUGCAGGACUGAGAAGUUCUUUUCACAACCCCUUUGCAUCUACUUUUGAGCAGCCACUGAUAUCCAAAUUUGGGUCUGGUGCUUUUGGGCAAGACUACCACAGUAGAUAUAACACAGCUUUCCCUUUCAGUCAUGCAUCAGUUGAUGGAAUCGGCAUCGGCAGUGUUGGAUCAAGACAAACAACUUCCUCACCAAAAUCUGCCACAUUGAUGGACCGGGCUUUACCACGUGUCGGUGGUGAUCAAUAUGAUCCACUUUUCGACAGUAUUGAACCCUCUUCAAGUUCAGUCAAGAAAGUUGAUCGCGCACAUAAGGGGGAAUCAGUCGAUGAUAGCGAUGUCAUUUUGAGGACCAGUGAUUCGAAUACACCAGUAGAUGUGGAAGAGAACAAUAAAAGAAAAGAGAUUGGAGCCUUUGCUCCAUCCAUGUCUGUAGAUGAUGAUGGGUUUGGUGAGACUGCAGAAGUGGAAGUUGGUGCAGUUGAGAAUGCAAGCGUCAGUAAUGCUAUUGAUGCAGCAGAUGCGACCGAGGUUGAGAUGGAGAUUGAUCAGAUUAAAUCCCCUGGGAAGAGCAAGAAGCGCAAGGAUUCUAGGUCGAUGAAGCUUUUCAAAGUUGCCCUUGCGGAUUUUGUGAAGGAAGUCCUACGGCCAUCAUGGCGGCAAGGGAAUAUGAGCAAAGAGGCAUUUAAGACUAUUGUGAAGAAAACUGUUGACAAAGUUACUGGAGCUAUGAAGAGCCACCACAUACCGAAAUCUCAAGUAAAGAUAAAUCACUACAUUGAUUCUUCACAACGCAAGCUUACAAAACUUGUGAUGGGAUACGUUGAUAAGUAUGUCAAUGCGUAGAUAUGAAACUGAUGGAUUUCAAGGCCAUAUGUAUCUAUCAUACCAGAGGUUUGGCUGAGCUGUGGACAAUUUGGAUGUUGAAAUGAUAUUGAACAGAUAUUUCAACCCACCAACCGUUUGCUCUAGUCUAUGGAUGGGAGUGAAAAUUGAUUUUGAAGUUAGGGAAAGAGAAAGCACCUAGUUACUGCAAGGACAGCAUUGAAGUUAAAUGUAGAUCGAGGAAAUGCAAAUUAGUAGUGUCUUUGACAUCAGUACGUUCUUCCGAGCUGCAAAAUGCGCUUUCUAAUGUGCAUUUCAACACGAAAUUUGCUUUACCAUUUUUUCGCGUCGCGGUUCCAGCCUCGCUACUCACAUGCUUUCGUUUUCCCUUUGUCCAUAUUAAUUGGUAUCUCAUCUUCUGCCAUUCUUGUAUACAUAUGGAUGGGACUUUUCUCUCAUUUCGUAGAUGCACGCAUUAUGGGUUAUGACUUCGUCGACAAAACUGAACUCAAUCCUUUUCUCAGCCUUUCAGGUAUUUGACCGAGUAGCUACAGAGGACGAGGAAAGCUAUGUGAUUCACGUACUCUCGUCGUAGAAAAAAGUUCACUUACCGAACCGGGAAGAGGGUGUCUCGAUUAGCAGUCUCGGAGAAUUUUGUCCAUAGAGGCUACAGAGCCCGUUUACAUGUUGCCCGAUUCGGGUCACGCUUUUUUUGUGGAUUCAUGUAAAAAGCUUCACUUGAUCCUGAAAGUACUGCAACCUCCUCUGGAAGUUUUUGCUCCGAAA